CACUUCCUGGUUUCUGGGAAGGAAGGGACCGACAGCAGCGGACAGUAUGGCUCUGCUUGUAGGUCAGUAGUGCGGGUAAAGUCUGCCGUGACAACCAGAAACAUUGAAAAGUGGCCCAGUAGCUUGUUUUAUAUGGCAACACGCAGAGGUGUCCUACUCGGGCAGUGACUGUAGGUAGCCGAACCGGGUUGACACUGUCAGCUUUGAAGUAAACAGCUCUAUGCUAACAGCUAGUCGCUAACAUUAGCCCCGGCUAACCUGUGAAUUUCUUCGGCGGCGUUCAGCCACACUACUGCGACCUGCCAGCAGCCUUCCUCGAGCCGUUUCUUUUUCUGUUUGUUUGUUUAUUUUUACCAUACUGCUUCAACGAGAGACUGCCACGCCAGCACUUUCCAUUCAUGUUGUUUGGGCAGACGAGAGUACCGAAGCUCCGAGAAUCGGUGUAUGCCGUCAUUAAGAAGACAGUAACUCCAUUGGCCUUUGACCCCCAGAGAGAGUUCCCAGUAAAGGGACAGGAUGCCGAUUCCUCCUCCCCCUCCACCUGGACCCCCACCUCCCCCAACCUUUAGUCAGGCCAACACCACACCUCCGAAGCUGAAUUUGUCUGAGACGAAAGGCCGUGGAGCCCUGCUGUCAGACAUCUGCAAAGGAGCCAAGCUGAAGAAGGUCGCUGAAGUCAAUGACCGCAGCGCUCCAGUACUGGACAAACCUGGAGGAGGCGGAGGCGGAGGUGGAGGCGGAGGCGGAGGUGGUGGCGGAGGCGGUUUUGGAGGUGGAGGCCCGGUUGGAAUGGGAGCGCUUUUCCAAGGAGGCGUUCCAAAAUUACGUCCAGUUGGAGAUGGUUCAGCUGUUGGUUCAGUCGGCAGAUCUGCCCUUCGACCCCCGGGGUCACGACCCGCAGCUCCUCGCCCCCCCGGCGGUCGCUCCACCUCGCCCACCCCGGCCAACAAGCCGUCUUCAUCGGACCACCAGCGGUCCCACCGCCCCUCGCUGCCGGACAUCAGCCGCCCCCCCGGCAACAAUUCUUCCAGCGGGGGGAUGAAGCACAGCACCUCUGCUCCUCCGCCUCCUCCCCCCUUCAGCAAAGGUAGCCGUGGCAACGCUCCUCCCACCCCGAACCAGAAAGGUCCGUCCUACAGUAGAGACAAAGUUCUUCCUCCAACACCCACCAGAGGCUCUUCCUCCUCCUCCUCCUCUUCCUCAAGCAGCAACGUCAAGUCUAAUCAUUCCUCCAGCAAACCGCCAAGCAGCGGCUCGUCGAUGCCACCGCCUCCUCCGCCCUACAGGCCGAGCGGCACCGCCAACGGGCCGUCGCAGGUAGACGGUGGUGGGGCUCCGGAGCUUCCUCAGAGAAAAAACUCGCUACGCAACAAACGGACCUCAGGAGGCGGCGGUGGCGGCGGCCAAGGUCGUAACCACGCCCCGCCACCGCCUCCGGUGCCGCCUUCUUCCUCCCAGCAGGUCAGCAGACCGCCACCGCCAGCCAGAGAACCACCUGGACGCAAAACAGCCCCUCAGUUGCCUCCUUCCAGUUCUCGUAAUGGUGGAAGAGACGCUCCUCCGCCGCCCCCGUACCGCGGGCAUAGUACUGGAGUUUCAGAACAACACGGCCGGGUGAAACCCCCGCCGCCCCCCUCGCCCUCACCCGUCUCGUCUUCCUCAUCCUCCCGGACCCCGGCUGGACCUCCUCCUCCUCCUCCACCUUUCAGGAAUGGCCACUCCACGGGUCCCUCCUCCAAAUCCAUCAUGGAUGAUUUUGAGUCAAAGUUCAACUUUCACCCCAUUGAAGAUCUUCCACCUCCUGAGGAGUUCAGGCCCUCCAACCGGGUUUACCCCAGCAAAUCUGACAGGGUUGUGUUGAGAGGAGCUCCUCCAGCACCACCAGUGGGGAGGUGAACCAGUUUCCACUCAGGACUUUAACUGUGUCAGAAGACAUAAUGAGCCAGCAGGGGGCGGUGGAGAGACACGCAAAUCUUAGACACACUACACACGAAACGACGCUAAGCCAGCCCGACGCACCGCGGCACAAACAACGUAAAGUUUUGACACCGGAUCAGUGAACAAAACCACCGACUCUGCUCAGCUCCACCUCCUCCAACGAUGGGACACAACACGACAUAUCAGGACCAGAACUCUGAAUUAUUCUUUUAAUAUGACAACUAUUAUGAUUUUUCUCAAUUCUUAACUUGGCUUCUAUUUUUUUUUUAUUGGGUGUCAUUAUUAUGUCUUUUUGGGGGGAAAAUCAGCUUUAUAAAUGGAAACUAUGUUGUUAAAUGUUUCUGAGAAGCUCUUUGCGCCACAGAUGUGGGGUUGUUGUGUUUAGGUUUUUGGUUAAUCGCCGUUCCCGUUGCCAGGUAACGGUGUUCCUUUGCAGCCAAUUUUUUAAAUUUUUUUCUGCAUGCCAAAAGCUUUUUGAGUCACAUUAUUUUUCCUCUGUAUGUAAAAUAGAUUUUUGCAUCUUGAUGCUGUCAACUUUUUACAUCUGGAAAGGGAAUGCAUUUCUUUUUUCCACUUUUCCUUCUUUCUGAAUGUUCAUAUUUCCAUCUUCAGGCGAUUUUUGCACUUCACCUUAACCGCUAAAACCAACACUGUGCAUGAUGCUGAUUUAUGCACUUUAGAGAUAAAAUAUUUCUUAUUCA